AUGCUUUCUUCAGCUGCUGCAAGGUACUCCUCCUCCUUCACCAAAUUUCCUCUCUUUGCUACUUGUACCUUCUUUCUCUCUUUCCCUUGUUCCCUCACUCUCAAAUGUUAUCUUCAUUCCCACUCCCCAAACCCCAACAACAUCCGCGACGCCGUUGAUACAGUCACUCACUUCCUCCACAUGCGGCCCCCUCCCUCUAGAAAACAUAUCAAUAGGAUUUUAGGGUCUAUAGUGAAGAUGAGACAUUAUCCCCUGGUUAUCUCACUUCUUGCACAAGCCGAGUUGAAGGGCUACGUGCCAGAUUUAUGUAACCUGAGCAUCUUGAUCAAUUGCCACUGCCACGUCGGUCAGAUGGAUCUUGCUUUCUCUCUGUUGGGGAAAAUUUUCAAGAUGGGCUAUCAACCAAACGCUGUAGUUUUGACCACACUAAUAAAAGGACUCUGUUUAAAUCAAAAUGUCGGCAAAGCUCUAGAUUUCUACGAUGACAUAAUGGCAAAAGGAUUGAAGUUAAAUGAAGUUAGUUAUGGAACAUUAGUAAAUGGGCUAUGUAAAAUGGGGAAAACGACAUCUGCUCUUAAAUUGCUUAAAGUAAUGGGGAGGCACCUUGUUAAGCCCAAUAUAGUUAUAUACAGCACAAUCAUUGAUGCGCUUUGUAAAGAAGGACUAGUUAAUGAUGCACACAAUCUCUAUUUUGAAAUGAUUGACCACGGGAUAUCUCCAAAUGUUGUUACUUAUAGUAGUCUAAUCCAUGGCUUCUGUAGCAUGGAUCAAUGGCAUCAAGCAAAUCAAUUACUCAAUGAAAUGAUAUCGAAAGAAAUACAACCAAAUGUUUAUACCUUUAACGUCCUAGUUGAUGCAUUAUGUAAAGAUGGAAGGAUUGUACAAGCUCAAGCUGUAUUUGCUAGGAUGGUGAAGAGUGAUCAAAGACCUAAUGUUGUUACGUAUAAUGCUGUGAUGGAUGGACAUUGUUUGACCAAUAAUAUCAUUGAGGCUAAGGAAGUUUUUAACAAGAUGAUUGAAAAUGGUUUGGCACCUGACAUUGUUAGUUAUAGCAUUUUGAUCAACGCAUGCUUUAAGAUGAAAAUGGUGGAUCAAGCGAUGGAUCUUUUUAAGGAAUUGCAUUCCAGAAAUUUGGUUCUUGAUGUUUUAACUUAUAAUUGCGUUAUUGAUGGGUUGCUCAAAUCACAAAGAAUCUCAUACGCGCAAGAUAUUAUUUAUGAGAUGCACGAGAGGGGUCUUCACCCUGAUUUAAUCACUUAUACCAUCUUGUUAGAUGCAUUUUGCAAAAUGGGACAUCUUGACAAGGCAAUUGCAUUAUUUAGGCAAAUUGUCAAUCAAGGAUUUCGGCCUGAUGUGAAGACCUAUACUAUACUUAUUGAUGGUUUGUGCAAAGGUGGUAGAUUAAAUAAUGCAUGGGACACUUUUCAGUAUCUUUUGGCUGAAGGUUACCAGCUAGAUGUGCGUAUCUAUACUGCUAUGAUUCAUGGACUUUGCAAAGAGGGUUUUCUUGAUGAAGCCGUGGCCUUGCUUGAUAGAAUGGAAGAGAACAAUUGCCUCCCUAAUUCCAUAACUCUCAACAUUGUUAUUCCAUAUCUUCUUGAAAACAAUGAGAAUGACAAGGCAGUUAAAGUUCUCAGUAGAAUGAUUGAUGGAGGCGUGCUGAAGAAAUAAAACAAGGUGAGAUCUACUGCACCUCAAAUUGAUUUGCCACAAAUAUUCAUGUUAACUACCAUGAGCGGUUGGCAAAAGCUUGUAUUGUGAAUUUACACAGUUAAUUGACUUGUUUGGCAAGAAUAUGGUUUGAUGGGUAAUUGUCUUUUUAUGUACCGUUAAUAUGUGGUCAAGUAUCAUAUGUUUCCACUGGCGAUGUACUUUUUCUUUCUAUGGGAACAAGAGAAGGUCCGGCUUGCAAUACCCCUGGUGCUGUCAUUUCCUUUCUAUUUUCUUCCUAAUUUUUGUUAAAAAAUGGAGUGGAAAUUGCAUAUCUUUCUUUGAAGAAACAAGAUAUGCUGGGGAAGUAUUAUGAAAGUUAAAUGCCCAAAUAUAAAUUUUUUUGUGGUGAAGCGAUCAUAGAUUUUAGUGUCUUGUUGAUGAAUAUCCUCGUCUUAUAUUUAUUCUUUAUCAGGAAUAGCUCAGGUUUCUUCUUUAUUGAUGAUACUGGAAGUUAGAAUUUUACAAGAGGAUGGGAAGUAAUUUUCAACCAUUCCUGAUCGCUGCAAUUGAUGUUUAUAAAAGAAAUAUGAAAUAUACAUAGCAGGAUACUUAGCAAUCCUAGGUUUCUCUUAA